GAAGGUAAUUAAUUUCUACGCUUCUCUCUCUGCAAUUACUCUUUGAGAGCAUCUCUCUCUAGAAUAUCGAGUAUUGCUGACUUGAGCGUCGGAGUGUUUUCCCCGAGGAAACAUCUUUGGGAAUUUCAGGUGUGGAAGCAGUCGAGGACGUCAACAGUGUUGGAUCGCGAAGCUGCCCAAACAUUUGGCGCCGUCUGUGGGAACUUGAGCAAGAAGUUGUGUAGCUUAAUCUGCUGAAAGACAAAAUGGUCCGUACCUUUACUAGAAGUCGCCCUCCGAGAAAUGAAAUGGAUGAGCAGGAGGACACUCAGCUAUCUAAGUUUGGCUUGAAUGAUUUUAGGCCAAUGCCGAGAAACCUUUUUGUUGGAGGAGCAGAACAGGAUCAACUAAGUGGGACAGAUGACAAUGAAAGGACACCAACUGGGUAUGCAACUCAGCCUGAACAGUUCCAAAUUCCAACAGGAACAAGGCGAAGACAUCCCAGGCAAGGCAGUCCACAACAUGAACGACUUGAAAGGUCAACAGAGCCUGCUCGGACAACCGAGCUCGAAGAGAGAACCAGAGUUCUCGAAAUGGCAAUGGGUAAAAUCCUUUCCCACCUGAUCCCUGAUGACCCCCUGAUUCCUUUGCUGAAUAGGGAUGCACAACCAGUUGCAGUAGUUGUAACCCGUGACUCCCCGACCCUAAGCAACGUGGUGGUCCCAACCAGACUAAGGGGAAGUGGGAAGUUGAACCCAAAACCUAGCUCAUCCAAGCAUAAUGAAAAGCUGCUAAAGAAAAAUGUUGACCUCGAAAGACAGCUCAAAGACGUGCAAAAGUCUAUUGACGAGCUAAAAAGUCCCCGGUCACGCCAGCAGGCUCUUGACUUGGAUAGUGCCCCCCUCAAUUUGUCCAUUACGGCCGAACCAUAUUAAGAGGGAUUUAAGAUUCCUCAUUUGGAGACAUACGAUGGCUUCAGAGACCCGUAUGAGCAUUUGCAUACUUACCAAGCCAUUAUGAGGAUCCAGAACGCCACUGAUGCCAUGAUGUGUAAGGCCUUCCCUGCAACCUUGAAAUCAACGGCCAGAAGAUGG